AUGGUGAAAGCGGCCAAAAGAGCUCUGAAGACUAUCAUCAGCCGAGCAGACAUCAAUGAUGAAGAAUUUCAUACGUUUGUUGUUGAAGCAGAAGGCCUAAUUAACUCCAGGCCUCUGACGCCACCUAGCAGCGAUCCAAACGAUGAUCUACCACUUACUCCCAACCACUUCCUUCACGGUCAGUUGGGAGGUCAGCUGGCCCCGCCUGCAGUUGAUGAACUGCAGAGAAUCAAUCCGAGAUGGCGAUGGCAGAGAGUCCAAGAGCUGCUCCGGCAUUUCUGGGCUCCUUGGCAGAACGAACUUUUACCGCUAUUUCACAAUCGUAAAAAGUGGCUGUAUGAGACGAAAUAUCUACAAAACGACUCUCUUUGCAUCCUGGUAGACGAAAAAUUGCCUCGCGGACAAUGGAGACUUGCCAAAGUUGCCGAAACCUACCCAGGAAGUGAUGGAUUGGUAAGAGCAGCGAGGGUGAAAACUACAGUCAGCGAGUUCCUGCGGCCAAUCAACCGAUUGAGCCCCCUCGAAUUCCCGGACGACCAAGUCAGAGACUCGAAAAAACCCCGGAAUAUUGGCGACAGUGUGACUCUUGCUCGAGGACACGAGCUAAGCGUGCGCAUCAUGAUAUCCGAAAAGCCUUUGUAUGGUAAAGACUGA